UGCAGUGCAAAAGAAAUACCCAAGUCACGUGCAUUUGCCGCUUUGGGUGGUGACCAAGAUUUUGUCUCGUAUAGUAUCGGGGAGUUUCAUUAUGGCCAGUUUUCGGCCUCUAAUGGAAAUAUAUUUAUCAUGGCCAGCGCCGGAAAAGGCAGGAGGGUGCGGGAAAGGAGAUACUUCAGUCUCCGUGUAUUCAUCAGCGGCUGUCCCCACCUGUCGGCGCGUGAGGUGCUGUGA